AUGCAUGGUUUAACAUUGAUAACAACAGGCCUGAGCCUGCUCGGCCCAGCUGUUGCAAUUCUCGUCGCAGACAAUUCUCCUUGUGGAACAGUAUGUGGCAAUGUUCUCGAUGCGACUACAAACGAUGAUGUCGUCUGCCAGGAAGGCGAUUAUACCAGUGGCGCAGGCAUUGUUUUUCAACAGUGCCUGACGUGUGAGCAAAGCAGCGACUACACUACUAAGAACAAUCAAACAGACCAGGAAUACUACCUCUACAACUUGCGCUACGCAACCUCGUAUUGCUUGUUCGGAAUUCCUGACAAUAAGAACACAAUAGACACACCAUGUUUGACAUCAAAAGCCUGUGGGCCGUUCCGCAAUGCCAUAGUAUACCGCAACUUAUCCUCGGACGUCGAGGGCUACGACUAUUGCGAUAAUUGGCCUAUCCACGACACAGCUGAUUUUGUUGGAUGCACCGAGUGCCUCCAAGCUGGCGACAACCAUUUCCUUGCCAAUUUUAUCACUGUUCUUCAAGCUGGAUGUGAACAGAAACCACUGCCUGGUACCUUGGUCUCUACAGAAGGAAGCAUAUUCUCUAGAGACGACGUCAAUGUCACAGAGCCCACGCCAGUUGCUUCCGUGAACCCAGAUUGGCUCGACCAGGGUCCUAUUAGUCUCGGUGCCAAGGUGGGCAUCGCCGCUGGAGGUGUGGCCUUCAUCUUAUUUAUCCUUGGAUUUUGUAUCAUCUGGCGUGGUAGGAGACGAAGAAGGGCAUUCCUCAGCAUGCUGGAAACGAAACACAACAAUUCCUGGCCUACCCCACUAACUAUCCCUCGCGAAACUCGCGACACCCCUCUCAGCCAGAAGCCACUGAGAAGCUGGGACGAAUCGCCGGUCAGUGUCCGAUCCGAGCAUCUGUUUCCGCACCAUGUGUCACCAUACGCCUCGCAGUAUAACAGUCCAGUCAGCGCAACUGAACUCAAGCUCGCUCACUGGCCAGUCAUGGCCCCCAACCAACAGAUGACUCCGGCGAUGAACAGCCAAUCGCAAUUUCCCCAGAUGUUCCCUUCAAUGUAUCAACCAGAUCCAAGCAGCUCCCAGAUAGGGGUUGCUUUGGGUGGAGAUGACUCUUCUGUCAACUCAGGCAACUCAAAAGGCAAGGGCCUCCAAGGGGAAGAGUAUGAGAUGACACCUGUGGACAAUCCUCAUGCGGGCAUAGGGAUAUACCAGACGGGUGUCAAUCCCUAUGGAGAGUCAAGUCGGACGACUGCUCCGCAGCCAGGUUACUUUCCAGAAGGUUUCAACCAUAUGAAUCAGUCGUACGGAUACCAUGACCCGUAUGGACAUCACGAAGAUCCUGGCCGAAUGGGUCGUGACCCGUAG